UCCUCCAAUCGGCUCGAUCGAGACCCCGCAUGUUUCAACAUCAGCCCGCAGCUUUGAAGCAAAGCUUCCUCCUCAUCCAAUUAUACCAAGAUUCAAUUAUUCGGUACGAACUCUCUAAAGAGUUCAAUUCUUUCACUUUACUUCCUAUUCAUAAAGUUGAAUAUCCAACGGGUGCUAUUUCAUAAUGUCGGCCCCGAGUUCGUCAGUGCAUCCUCCGCAUCCCAGCCCCCCUUCGGUACUCGGAGCCCCGGUCAAAGUAUCGUCAACUCCGACCUCAAACAAUGCAGCUGGGUCAUCCAAUGUCGUGAGCGCACCGCUCCUAGCGCCAGCUUCUCAUUCUACUACCUCACGCCCGCGGCAAUCUAACUCAGCCUCGGCGUCUCGGAGCACUGCGACACCUCCUACGACCAUGACCGCAGCUACGUCCUCCGCCACCGGAGCUCAGCCCCGCGUUACCAUGGAAUCAAAUCCAUCUCUACCAUCCCGCACCACCCAACUGCACAUCAAUGAAGCACGCGCUGCCCUUGUAGCCUCCAUGUCUAACAUGCUUGACUCUGAACUGCAAUCGCGCGCCUCGUUGCUGCAUUCGAACGCUGCGGCGCUAGCCAAGCAAGAAAAGGAUGUGAUAAAAGGGACCGAGGCGCUGCGGAAAGAAAAUGACAAGCUCGAGAAACUGGCACGUGACACGGAGCGCAAAAUUAAAGAGCUAGGCAACGUGCAGAACUGGGCUGAGGUAUUGGAGAGGGAUUUUCUAAUCCUGGAGGAGACUGCGCGCCUAGUGAGAAACGGCAGUGGGAGCGAUGAUAGUUGCAGCGAGUGUAGCAGGAGUAGCUGGUCGGGGAGCUACAGCGGAGAUGACAGUAGGGCGGGGAGUCGCCGGGGAAGUGUAACAGGCGAUGCUGAUGUCAAUGGUAAGAAACCUGGAGAGCCUGGAUUGAAUGGCAAUACAGCUACAGAAAGCGGUUCUAGAAGCGGUGCCUUUGCUAGAAGGGGAGAUGUAAAUGUCACCGUGGACCGAGAAGUCGCUGCGAGUAUUAGUGAAGCCAUGGCUACGGCUCUACAUGAGUCUCUAGAUACUCUGUCGUUAGACCCGGUCCUGUCUGACACGCACGAGGGUCCGGUUAAAGGUAAGGAGCCAGUCGCCGAGGAUAGUAGGACGGAAGUUGAGAUUUCGUCUGGUGUACCCGAAGCUAGACCUAGUGAGACAUCAUUAUCAUCUAGUAAGACAGUAUCAGGGAAUCGAGAGGAAGACGGAGUUACGGAUAGGAACUCCAAUGCUUCUACCAUCUAUUAAUAUUUUCUUUUUUAGGAAAAUUAAAUUAUGGGCAUGAGACCGGGGUUUAAUGGGAUUCCUACCUAAUGAUUGGGAAAUAUCAUAGAUGGAUUGUGGUUACUUGAAGAAAUACAUAGGAGGUAUGUAUACCAUCCAAUGAACCGAAGAGACUUGAAAGGAUAUAAGUUGGACUUCUUGUUUACAAGUCAAAAUGUUCAUUCCACAGAUAGUCGAGACCAUUGACAUCUAAUAUUAUAUGUAUUACGUAUAUAAGGUACCG